CUUUAAGCCCCCAAAACCCUUGUCUUCAGUAUCUUUGCUUGUUUCCCUUCUUCAGCUAAUCAGCAAAACAAUCAUUUUCCGAGACGAAUAAUCGAAAUGGGUGACAAGAAGAAAAAGACGUUUAUGUUUAUCCGUCUUGUCUCGGCAGCUGGGACUGGAUUCUUCUAUGUGAAGAGAAAAAGUGCUAAGAAAGUGGCUGAGAAGCUCGAGUUCCGCAAGUAUGAUCCCCGGGUAAAUCGUCAUGUUCUUUUCACAGAACAAAAGAUGAAAUAAGAAGCUUGUUGUGUUUCAGCUUUUCUGUUCUCAAGAAUUUUUUU